CGAUGAUUGGGCGCAUUACUGUAUUUCUCCACUCGCAUAUAUGCCGAUUAUUGUCUCCAGCUGUUACAUCACCCUCAUCCGAUUUCUCUGUACGUGAUGCAUUCUACCAUCAACGAGGAUGGCCGUGAUAACGAUUGUUCGACGAACUGCUCCGCGACAACUGAGGUUCGAAGACUCGACGAAGAUAAGGACGCUCUUUCAAAUCAAGAGGAUGAAAGAGAGGGAGACGAGGAGGAACAGUUGUUUGCGGGUAUCAUUGCCGCCAUUGAUAUCCGACAACUGCAAGCGUUCGUGCUUGCAAUACGAAAGGAAACCUCUCCAAACCUGACGGACGACGUAAUUUGCACGGUCUAUUAUCCUCCUCAUACAGGAUCUUACAACAUCGUGUACGAAGUGGUCUUCUCGGAUGACGUGCGUUGGGCAAUCCGCAUCCCUGCCGCCGGCGACGUCUUCUCUCCCACAUUUGCACAGACCAUGCAUCUCGAUAUCGUCGCUCAGCGACUAGUUUCCUCCAAAACAUCUAUGCCUUUGCCACAUAUACAUUAUUGGUCGGUUGACGCCCAGAACGCACUUGGACGCCCGUUCAUGAUAACUGACUUCGUCAUCGGCACGAACCUCUCAAAGGUUUGGAACGAUAGCCAGUGGAUUACUGAUGCGAAACGGGAGAUUAUAUUCAAACAAUUGGCUUGGUGGAUGGCAGAACUCGCUGAAUUGGAGUUUGGCCAAAUUGGGCGGCUGGAAGUCGACGAGACAUCUGGAACAUGUGUCGUUGUGCCAUUCCCCGAGCUUUCCACUCUCAUUGUCUUUGCGGACGAUGAGACUCCUCCCCCUGUUCUGGGCCCCGCAGGCCCGUUCAUCAGUGCGCACGCCUUCCUCUCCUGUGUUCUAUAUGCCCGUCGAAGUUUGGGCGACAGUCCGAUGCUCGUGAUGCUGCAGCUCUUCCUCUCUGUGCUUCCCGACCCCGCACUUGACGGUCCGCCAUUUGUCCUCGGCCACACCGACUACGAUAGCCAGAACAUCAUUGUCGCCGAUGACGGGACUAUCACCGGAAUCAUAGAUUGGGAUGGUAUCUACGUAGGGCCGCGCCAAGGUGGAGCAAUGGCGUAUCCUUCGUGGCUCACGGUGGACUGGGACCCGCUUUUCUAUGGCUGGGCAGAGAAUAACUCUGACGAAGAAAACGGGCGGUUUGACUCCCCGACCGAGUUGAUGAAGUAUCGCAGGGCGUAUCUCGAUGCCGUAGAUAUUGCAUCAAAUGGAAAGCUCACGCAGUGUACACGAAACUCGCAUAUAUGGCAAGCGCUGUGGAUCGCAAUCACUAACGAAGUGGCGACCGCGCCUAUCAUUAACCGGCUUUCCAAACUUCUUUUUGGGGACGAGGUGUUGGGAUAUGAAAUACAGACGGGAAUUUCUGAAGGACAGUGGUACAGGACUGGUAAGGGAGACAUUGUCGAGUUAACUGCUGAGUGAAAUAAGAUACUUUGGGCUUUACGCUCGUGGAAGUGCAGAUAUAAACGAUGAUCGCGUC